UUCUUGAUUUUUUCUUUAAAUACAGAGAUUUUAUUCCAAAACGAAACAACUCUUUGGUUCACGAAAAAACAACACCAACUCUUCGGAAUCUGUCUCCACUAUGAACGUCUCUGUUCUAACCAUUUCUCCGCGUGUUACUCGAAGCUCAUUGUCGAUUCCUGAUGACCUCAUUUUCGAGAUAUUCUUAAGGUUGCCAUCAAAGGCGAUAAUGAGAUUUCGAUGCAUAUCCAAGCUCUGGGCGUCCAUCCUUCGCAAUCAAGAUUUCACAGAGUCGUUCUUGAUCAGAUCUUUUGCUCGUCCUCAGCUUCUAUUCGCAUGCGAAGAUGACGAUAAGUUUAUCUUCUUCUCGUCACCUCAUCCUCAGAAUCCAGAAGAGAACUCGUAUGUUGUAGCCGCCAAUCAUCUUGAACGUUUCCCAAGUUCAUAUAGAUUCCCUGCUCCCAGCAGUGGCUUCUCGUGUUACGGAUUUAACCUGAUCAUGAAUUGCGAUUUUGAGAAUGUGAUAUGUAACCCCAGCACGGGACAGUCCUUGAUCUUACCAAGAUUGAAGUCUAGGAAUAAGUUUAGCGUAGCAUGCUAUCUUGGAUAUGAACCCAUUGCGAAAGAGUUCAAGGUAUUGUCAAUGGAACGCUCGUGUGAAAGCCGUGAGUGGAUCUCUGUGAAGCACCAAGUUCUGACAUUAGGAACCAAUAAAUUGUCAUGGAGGAUGCUCGAAUGUUGCAUACCACAUUAUUGUUCUCAUAAGUGGAUAUGCAUCAAUGGUGUUAUUUACUACGAAGCUCCAGAUAACUGGUCUUCUGUGCCUUGCAUGGUAGCUUGUUUUGAUUUGAGUUCUGAGAAGUUAAGCUUUGUGAAUUUUAUGGAAACUACCAGUAGAAACAUGCCUGGUUCAACAACUCUAAUAAACUACAAUGGGAAACUAGGUUUGCUUAUGUCGGGAGAUUCUAAUGAUGUUAUAAAUGGAUCAAGUAAAAGACUUGAGCUGUGGGUUCUACAAGAUGCUGGAAAAAAUGUGUUGUCCAAACAUGUAUAUGUAUUACCCCCUCUGUGGAAGGAUGUAGUUGUGGAGAGAAUGCGCAUUGCUGGAAUGAUUGGUACAAAUGAAAUCGUCUUGUCCCCGAUCUACCAACAAGUGACUUUCUAUCUCAUCUACUUCAACGUGAAGAGAAAGACAAUCAGAAAAGUUGGAGUCCGAGGAAUGGAAGCGUUUCAGGGUAAGAGAUCUUACACCGUUCUCAACUAUGUUGAGAAUGUGAAGUUUCUUUAA